UUUGUAUUGGCGCCAAAAUCUCAAGGGUUGCGUUACAAUGGUCCGCAAAUUGAAAUAUCACGAACGGAAAUUGCUAAAGAAAGUUGACUUUAUUAACUGGGAAUGCGACAAUAACUUACAUGAAGUUAAGAUUAUGCGACUAUUUCACGUCCAGAAACGGGAAGACUACACACUUUACAAUAAACUCUCUCGAAAAAUCAGAGAAAUUGCGGAAAAACUUAAGAAUAUCGAUGAAAAUGAUCCUUGGAGGGCAGAAAUGACUGAACUGCUGACAGCAAAGUUACACAACUUAGGUUUGAUACCAACAAGAAGAAGUCUUAUGUUAGCGUCGAAAGUCAAUGCCUCUUCAUUUUGUCGAAGACGGCUUUCAGUUAUUGUAAUGCGUUCAAAAAUGGCAGAAACAAUGAAAGCAGCUGUGACGUUUGUUGAGCAAGGACAUGUUCGUGUGGGCCCAGAUAUCAUACGAGACCCAGCAUAUCUGGUUACAAGAUCUAUGGAAGAUUAUAUAACUUGGGGAUCUCGAUCGAAAAUUCGUAAACGAAUUGAAGAUUAUAAUGGAUUGCGAGAUGAUUAUGAUGAUGUGUGACAAAUUUUGAGCAUAUAAUACUAUACAUAAAUCAUUCUGACUACAAGUCAUAUAUUUUCUUGGAAUAUAUAAUUGAAAUUAAUCCUUCAAAAAUUCUUGAGUUUUUACUGCAGAUUCAAGCGAAGUUCGCUAUUUUGGACGUAAGCAAUAUAAAGGUCUUACGGCCAUCCGACAAAAGUACCAACAUACUCGCUCAAAUCUGUAAAUUUCCUUGAACUCUUGGACUUCUGUAAUCUUUAUAUAGUAGUGUAGAUGAUCAUAAUAUAAUAAACGACAUAUUUCGCAGUUUUA